CACUUUCAUGGGAUCACACUCUCGUUCUCACAUGGAAUAUCAAAACAUAUAGCUCACGAAAAACAGGUGAGGUGCCUAAUGCAAAAUAUGAAGAAAACGUUGUGUUCAUGAUUUGUAUGACUGUUCAUUGGAAAGAUGAUCCCAAACCGUUAAAACAAAUCUGUCUUGUUGAUGAUGAAACUGCACCAGACUCAUGCUUGAUCACAGUUGUAUGUAGAAACCAAACCAAUUUACUGAAAGCAUUUGCAUUAUGUAGGAAAUGUUUAGCUCUGGAUAUACAUAUAGGUUUUAAUGAUUCACAAUAUGACUGGCUAUUGAUUGUGGAGAAGGCGAAAAAGUUAGGCAUUCUCGAAUGGAUGUUCAAUCAUAUGUCACUAAAACCUAUGAGCCUUGAAAAGCUCUUAGCUGUUAGUGGAAUGAAAGUGCAUAAUCUUUUAAGUGCCAGUACGUGGCAGGAAGGAAUUUUAACCAGUACAAUUCCAUGUGAACAAAUGGAAAUAGGAAAAUACCCUGGAGCCUAUAUUUUCCCACCGGUAAAGGGUCUUGAAAAUCGACGACCUGUAACUGGCUUAGACUUUACAUCAUUAUAUCCAAGCCUUAUCAUGACAUAUAAUCUCUUAUCUGAUAAAAUCAUUUUAUCUCGAGAGCGUGCUGAAUCUCUAAAGGAAAGCGAGCAUGGAAAUCAAGCUGAAAUGAAAGGCCUUUAUCUAAAAGUAUUAGAGGAAAAAGAAGAAUUAGAAAAGAAAAUUGGUUUGGCAGAAGCAAGUAGCGAGAACGUUACAGAUGCUUUAAAAUCUGAAUACUCUUUAGUUUCUUUUAUUGACGUCUCAUUAGCAGGCGGGGUAACAUCAACUGGUCAGCGGAAUAUCAAGCUUAUUGCCAAUCUUGUUAGAAGUAAAAGGUUCAGUGUAAAAUACGGGAAUACAGAUUCUUUAUACCUUGUCUGUCCAGAAAAAUAUUUUCAGAAAUAUGAUGAGGCAUAUGAUAAUGGUAAUGGGAUCUCGAAAGAAGAAUAUUGGUGUAUAAUGGUGAACAUCUCUAUAGAAGUAAUAGAAAGACUUCAUGAUGAAGUUAAUGACUUUCUCAGAAAUGAUAAUGGAUUAUCUUAUUUCAAAAUGGCGUAUGAGGAAGUCUUAUUUCCAGUAGUAUUUACUGGAAAGAAAAAAUACUAUGGCAUCCUAUAUAGAAGAGAACCCAACUUUAAUAAUAAGCUUUUCAUUCGAGGUGUUGAGAUUAUUGUGAAGAACGUGCUCAAAGAGAUCAUAAAUUAUAUUUUACAGAUAGACUUUAAUGGGAUAGUUAAAACUGCUGUGUGGAAGUCCAAUAAAAAUAAAAAGAGUGUUCAGUGUUUCAUUUCACGAAUGCAAAAUAGACAUACCUGUAAAGAAGCAGAUACCAAAUGGUGCAUAAAAAAGAGUUUAACACCUGAGCCUUAUCUUUAUCAAAUCCCAGAACCAGGCGAACACUUUGAGUAUAUUAUAGUUGAGAAUGAUUCAUCACAAAGUUAG